AUGCCUUCGAACGGGCAUUUUUCCGGCCUGAAAACGACCAUCAGCGUGCUCGGAGACGAUCCACCGCGCACGCACCGCAUCAAUGCCAACUCGUUCCAGCAGAACGCGCUGCUAACGGUGAACAGGUGGCAGUACGCCGCUUUCUAUCAGAGCAAAGAUGGCGCUGGGGACAGCAAUGCUUGCUACCCAACACUUGCUCGGCGGUUCCUUCGCUCCUCGCCUGGAGAGGAUGACGGGCAGUGGGAGUAUCUGGUUUUCGACGACUACGAGCAGACGACCGAUGACGGCCACAACACCAUCUCCAUCGGCAUCUGCACCGGUGAUGGCACAAUCCACGUCUCAUACGAUCACCACUGCGAUCCACUUCGAUACCGCUACUCAAUCCAAGGCCUCGCAACACACCCCACCUCCCACGCCUGGACCGCAGCCCUCUUCACAACGACAUCCAACACCCUCCCGGGCUUACCCCACGCGUCCUACAUGGACGAAGUCUCGUACCCGCGCUUCGUCAGCGUCAACGACGACCUCCUCCUAACCUACCGCAUCGGGCAAGCGGGCUGCGGGUCCGACACGCUGCACCGCUACUCGAGCAGCACGCACCAAUACCUACCACCACCACCACCACCACCAUCCUCCCCGUCCUCCUCCCCGUCCUCUUCCUCUCCCUCCCCGCCGAUCCUCCUCGCCGGCGGCGCCGCCAGCUCCCCCUACAUCAACGGCCUCGACCACGACCCCCGCCGCAACCUCCUGCACGUCAGCUGGACGUACCGCGCCUUCGUCGCGUACGCGGGCGCGCGCGACCCGCGCUCGGCGGCGCACAAGCGGCAGGCGGGGCCGAACGGGCCCGAGAACAACUACGAUCUGUGCUACGCGUGGAGCGCCGACGGCGGGCGCGUGUGGCGGGGCGGGCGCAGCGGCGGGGAGGGCGUCAAGGUGGCGGAUUUUGGGGGCAAGGGCGAGGCGAUCGCGCCGCCGGGGGUGGGGGAGGGGACGCAUACGCGGGCGUUUGGGAUCGAGAGGGGGAGUGGGGUGUUGAAUCAGGAGGGGCAGUGCGUGGAGAUUGGUGGGGGGUUUUUUGUGUUGAAUAGGGAGAGGUGGGCGGAGGGGGUGGAGAGGGUGGAGAGGUGGGUGGUGUAUUGGAGGGGGGUGGAGGGGUCCUGGAAUCGCAGUCCGAUUGACGGGUACUCGCCCACCGAGACGGGGUCGAGAGGGAGUGUUUGCGCGGACAGAGACAGCAACGUUUACGCCAUCUUGCCGGGCAACACCGACUCCUCCCUUUCGAUUGUCAAAGCGUCUGUGGCGGAGGAGGGGCAUCUGCGGUUCGAGACGGUGUGGAGGCAGGACGGGUUUGACGGCGAGCCGCUGGUGGACCAGCCGAAAAUGGACGAGCGAGGCAUCAUAUCGAUUUUCACGAGAACCGACAGGGGUGCGGAUGGGAAACGCAAAGUUGUGGUCAUUGACGUGGAACUGGGGUAG